GAAUUUGCCACUGUCCCACUGAAUUCUGCAGAUAAAACAGGAUCAUGUAAUCUCACAGGUCUGUGGGACUCCACAGAAUAUUCAGUUGCCAUUCGGUGUAUCAGUGUUGUGUCAAUAUUCUGGAGUGAAUGGAGUAGAGGGAAAACAGCAAGCACAGAAGAGAAAGCUCCUUCAGAAAAAGUGGAUUUGUGGAGGGUAAUUGAGUCUUCACACUCAGCUGGAAGUAGAUCUGUAUUUCUUAUGUGGAAGCCAUUAAACAGCUUUCCACCUUCUGGAAGAAUUCUAGGCUACAAAAUACAGUAUUUUCCAGAAAACAAUGCUGCACUUAAAAUGACAAACAUCUCUACCAAUAAGAAAAUUACUUUACUUUUAAAUGAAAAGGCGUAUAUAAUAUCUGUUACUGCCUAUAACUCUGCUGGAAAUUCUCCUGAAGCUAUUUUGAGGAUUCCAUCCACUGAUGAAAAAACUUCUCAGGUUAUUGAAACAGUGAGGACCUUUAAAACAAAUGAAGAAUUGGUUGUGGAAUGGAUAGCCUCUGAACCAGAAGUAACCAAAUACGUAGUUGAGUGGUAUGAGGAACUGGAGAUAGAUCCUUUUAUUAGAUCAUGGCAAUAUGUAUCAAAUUCUACACACUGGAAAACUAACAGAAGAAACUUUAAACCAUUUAUAUGCUAUAACAUCUCAGUGUAUCCUCUCUAUGGAAAUAAAGUAGCAGCUCCAUAUUCCGUACAAACUUAUGUUCAAGAAAAAAAGCCAUCAGAAGGACCUGUGGCUGACACAGGCAUUCCAGGGAAAAAUGAAGUUACAAUAAAAUGGAAGGAGAUUUCAAAGGAUAAAAGAAAUGGAUUUAUCAGUAACUAUACAAUAUUUUAUAAACCUGAAGAUGGAAAAGAAUUGA